AGGUAUAGAGGCAUAUUUGCUUGAGUCCUGUCUAGGCAUUUCUGUCAUCCCAGCUACGGUGUGCUGGUGCGUCGUGUUAUGAUACCCCGAGUGGGCUGUGCCUCACCGUGACGCGGGGACCCUCUCCCCGUCCCGUUCAUAACGUCCAAGCGCCAGCGCGCCCACUGUCCCGGUACACAUUGGUCGUCAUACCUGGAUAGAAUGACGGUGAAGCCAGCUGGGUCUGGUCUCCACGGCGUCCAGCUUCAAUCCAGCCAGCUCUGUCGAUCUGGGCCCUUAACGCCGCAAUGCUUCGGCAUGAUCUAAAAUCGUCCCGAGUGAUCUAAUUGGCGUCCGGCUGUAUCCGCGCGGGGUCCUCCAAGCUCAGGGGCCUCCAAUGAAUUUGAGUUUCUUACUGCAUCAUCCUAAGACAUCUUCAUCCAGCUGGUCCAUCGCGUAAUUGAGCAGCUGUAGCAGCUCUUUGCGUGACGCGUCGUAGCCAUGGCCAAACAAUUAGCACAGCUCCGACAAUGACGAGGGGUAAACUUACGAUUCGAGAAUCCUGACGACUCGCUGCGAUAAAGUUCCACGUAUUUCCCUGCACUAUCAGUCCAGGCAAAGAGCCCAGGUCAUCAACCGAGGGUGCCUUCUCCCCAUCUUGAACGGGUACAGGAGCGCCAACAUCAAGAAGACGUUGGAGAAGCGUCAAAUGCGCCGUCAAAAACGUCGCUACUUGAAGAUUGGCAGUGUCCAAGCCGUCGCCGGGACGCUUAGUCUCGAUGGGAAUGGCGAUUGGAUUGCUCAAUAGCGAUAGAUCGUCGGUUGGGUUUAUUGACAGACCCGGAAGAUGCGCGCGAACAGCAUCGACGGUGCUGGCGAUGUUUGUAUCGUUGGGAUCGUGGUGGGGAUCGAGAUAGACGCGAAAGUCGAUCUUUUUAUCGGGUGCGAAGCGGAUGCGGUAGUCGGGGAUGAUAGACGCAGAUGAACUGAUCGCGAGAUUAGAAGAGCGUGCAGCAUAUGGUGAAGUGAACUUACCAAGAUUUCACAUUGACAAGACGUUGAAAAGUACCCUUUGAUCGGUUCCGAAGCGCCAAGCAGAGCAAAGGGAAGUGAACUUCAUGAUUCCACGCCGCUUCAGACCUCCCCAUCCGGAGACAAUCGCCCGCGCAUUCAAGAAUAUACACCGCGUCCCCAGGACUCGGUGUAAGCCCCAAUUCGUCGCGACGCGCAGAGCAGCAGAAUUCUUUAUCCUCGUAAAUAGCAGCCAUGUCAGGAUGCAACGCCCCGCAGCUGUUUCGUCCUGUAUACUCUCCAGCCCGUUCUCCAAGAAUACCUCUUCCGCGGCUCAAUUGGAGUAGUUUCGUUCGCAUAUCGACUAAACUUGGGGGAAGACCGGACGGAUCAGACAUGGCGCGCGUUUCCACGCCGUGGGAGGAUAGAGCCAUGGCUGCUAAUUGCUUUCGAGGCGAUGAAGCACCAGACCGACCGCUCGCUGAGGACAUUGACGAUGUAUCGCUGGGGAGAUGGACACUCCGUAAAGGCCUGUGCGUCUUUUCUUGUUCGCCUUCAUCGUCGAAUUGUGCAUCGUUUGGACUCGGGCUGGGCACCGUGCCUUUGGUAGUCCUUCGUUUCUUUUUGGUGCCAUUUCGGCACCUGCUUUGGAGGAUGUUGGAGAGUCUGGAGGUGUUGUUGGGUGUUUAAACGUAUUCGCAGGAGGUUUGGAGAUUAGUCUAUGAUCGGAGCUGGUUGAACUGUAGCUGCGCUGUCGCUUUCGAUUCUUUGAUUGUGUCGCUUUUGGUGGUUUCGCUCGGUCGAUCUCGUGGGGAGGGUGUGCGGUAUCGUCGACCUGGCGCAGCCACGAGAGGAUGUCAACGGGCAUUUCUGAAGAUUCAUACGAUCAUGGAGGAAGAGUGAAGCGCUAACUGCUUCUGUGUUGGCAUUGCAAUCUUCGUCGUCGAUGUUGUAAUGCUUGCAUGCGUGGGGAUCAAUUGGGUGACCCGAAAUGGCAAGGUGGAUGUUGACUAGACAGUAGCCACGUUUGGCACGGCCACAGCCACUAGCCACGGCUUACCCUGAAGCUGAACACCGAGAUGCAGAAAUGGUAUUCAGCGCGAGUCUGUCGCCUGAUCAAAUUGAUAGGUUGUAGAAAAUGACUCAUAUAAUACCGUUAAAUGGUACGGACAAAUGAUUACUGCAGUUAGAUGCAGGUGGUUAGAGAUGUCGUCGCUAUUGGUGCGAAUCGUAGUUGUUGCUUACUGAUGCGAAAUACGACAGGCGCAAGAGCAACAACAGAGGGAUAACAUAAGGAAUCACUCCUCAGAGUAAACUUAUUAUCUACACCUCGGCCCAUCGGAAUGUCACACAGGGCCUGGUCAUUAUCCUACAAUUCAAGCAUAAAACAGCCAUGGGUAACGCUUCAUCGAAAGAUUCAACGCUCACUCCCCAUAUCUCACAAGAGACAGCAGCCAAGGGCAUCCCUCGCAACCUGUCAGCCUCAUUCACAAAGCGCGCAUCGCUCACGCUUCAAUGCAUCUUGGCUGAUCCAGCGUCUAAACGCGAUUUCGCAAUUCACGUCCCACCAAACGGGUCCUACGACGUCAUUAUUUACGACGGUCCAGACGCAACAAGUCCCGUCCUCGCGGCCGCCAAAGGAAACCCAAAAUGGAAGCAUGACUUUCGCAUUAAUCUCCCUGGACUAUUAGAAGGCGACGAUACGUGUGAGGAAUUACUACGGUGUACAACUAUAAAUAAAUUGAAGGAAGGAUAUUGGUUCGCCAUGCAACUUGAGGGCCAUCUGGAGCGAUUUGAAUGGUGUUUGACGCGUGGGAAACAAGUUCAGGGACAAGAAGCAUCAGGCUGGGGAUGGAAAUUGGUAAGAGUCGGAUUGAAGAUUGAGCCUCACGACGGAGAAGAAAUCGUUGCUAUUUUUAGAACUCACAAGUCGUUAGGACUGAAGAAAAUUGGUGAGUUGGCAUUUACAGGAAGUGGAAUAACUGCAGACUUCGGACGACAGUGGGAAAUCAUGGUGUUAACGACUUGGGCUUGCGUUUGGUCCCAGCAUAUCUAGACAAUUAUAUGCAAAUUAUGCAAGUUAUACGACUAUCGUGAGAUUACACGCGUAAAGUGAUCUACGAAACAAUCGGGUACCUUACGAUGGUUCCCACAACGCGUCGAUCACAAAAAACCCCAUGACGUCGUGACUUUUUCACACCUAAAAUCUGCCACGUAAGCGCUCAUACCGUCAUAACGCCUCUCGUAUAUGAAAACUAUCUUUUUCACAAGUAUAGAAGUCUCUCCAAAGUAAAAUCCAUUGCCGUUAACCCGAACCGUCAAUUGAGGCUGAGCUGGUUGU